CUCAUUCAUUCAUACAGUCACUACCAUGCAGGCAGCUCGACCAGGACCAUCUGCGGCAGCAACAGCAGACAUGUAGGGAAGAAAAUAAAGGAAGUGAUUAAACAUGGACUGAAGAAUAAUGUGCCUCGGCUGCCAUCUUAACCAUCACCAUCAUGUUCCCGGGAGUUUUCUAUGCAUUGCUGGCGGGUUUCCUCGGAGCCGUGGCGUCGUCGUCGGCCAAACUGUCCCUGGGAGCCGACUAUCUGAAGGGAGUCUGUGAAACCGGACUCCGGACGUGGGGCGAGCAGCGGAAAUUCAGACACGCGGAUGAAACCACAGCGUGUGACCGGCUCCACAUCCCUCUGAGGCUGCUGUGUGGUGGUCUUCUUUUCACCUGCAACGCUGUGAUGUGGACCUUCCUCGCCAAAGCACUCAGGUACUCCUCUUCCUCCACCCGAACCACUGUGACCACCACUGCCUCCAACUUCGUAUCUUCCGCUUUCCUGGGCCAGCUGAUCUUUGGGGAACCCCAGAUAACACUGUGGUGGGUCGGGAUCUCGUUGACCUUUUCAGGUCUGUUGGUACUGCAGAGGAUUUCGCCACAGGAUCGGCAUCAGACUGCAGCGACGACGAAGGACGAAUAGCAUGUUGUCUCCACUGGCUGGCUGUGCUGUGCUCAGGCUGACACCUCCUCUGCUUUUAAGCAAAGCCAAAGACAAAUAGCGGCUGAAAACAGCAGUUUUAUUCAAYGAAUUUGCUCUUWGMACAGCAGCCCAGGUGCAUGAUUGAAAAAGCUCCAGUGGGAGAACAAGAGGUCUUCCAGUCAUGUCAUAUACACACUGUGUGCACAAUUAUUAGACAAGUGAGUAUUUUUUAACAAAUCAUCAGUUUCAGUUUUAAGGCAUAAUUUAUUUAGGCCUAACAUGUGAUGCGAGUCUGUCUAAAGAGGUAAAUCAAGGUUUACAUAAUUAUUAGGCAGAUUCUUUUCUUUAGAAACAAAAAGUGAAUUAACUGAGUCUAAAAAGUAAAAAAAAAAAAAA